CGUCUGGUCGCCACCGUAGGCUUGCCACGCGCGUAACCAUGGCGCGCUUCGCUGCUGCCCGCGGCCACGAACUCAGGUACACCUACGACAACGACCGUGACGGCCGCAGCAGCUUUCGGAUCGGGCUCACCGCCAUGCCCUGCCCCGGCGUUGUGCUCCGCUUCAACGCCGUCAUUGAUUGCACCCUCGGCGAGGACCCCAUGCCUCCGGUCACCAUCGACUUCCUCAAGAACCUGGCGGCGGAGCUGCAGCCGGUGGCCGCGGGCCCGCAGAGCGACGGCGGCAGCAGCGACGCCGCCCCACGCUCCCAGGUGGCCGGCCACUUCACGUGCGACAGCGGCGACUUCAUCCUCUCCAGCCAGCUCCAGCGGGUGGAGGAGAUGGUCACGGCCGCCGGCCUGCCCGGGGAGUGCGCGCCCAGCGUGGAGGGAUUCUGCAGCCUAUCAGCCCGUAGCGCCACCAACACGUUCUGGAAGGCGGUGACGAUCACGGUGGAGGCGGGCGCGCCGGGAAGCCUCGUCGACGACGACGACGAGGAAGAGGUGGUGCCGGCCGGUGCGGCAAUCGGAGAAUGUCCCAUAUGCUACAUGAUUUACCUGGUUGGCGGCGCCACGUCCGUGAAGCUGCCGUGCAGUCACACAUUCCACCGCAAGUGCCUGGAUCGCUGGACUUCCGUGCGCCCGACGUGCCCCUACUGCCUCGCGCCGGUGCCUGAGGAGCUUCACUACUUGGACGAGGAGGACGACAUCUCCGGUUUGGACGCCUCGGCCUCUGAGCAGCCUUCUUCGACUUGGAGCCGCAUUUGCAGAACAGCGGUGAUCGUACUAUUCAUACUUGCAUAUGUCAUCCUUUUGACGAGGAUUUGGUAG